AUCGAUUUUUGCAUAUAAAUUAAACACUGCAACUUUAACUUAAGCGAUGAUGUAACGAAAACAUUCAGAAAAGAGAACAAACGCAUCAGAAAACAGGAAUAGACAGAUCGUGAUCUUCAAAUUUUCAAAUUAGCUGCGUCAUAUUUUCUCUGUCAGCUGUCAUUGACUUAAGGAAAGUUCUUGAAUAUUGUAGUAAAUAUUGAUGUAAUAGCUUGCAAUAUUUCCUGUUAUAUAUAUAUAAACUUCACUGAAAGAAACACAAUUUCAAUAUUCAGUUGUGAUCCCAAGCUAGAACUAUAUUAUAUAGAAGAUCUACGGACAAUAUAAAAAAGUAGUUGUUGCUGCUAAUUGAUUGGAAAAAUGGUUCAUAUUAUAAAAGUAUACUUUACUGGUCCAAACCAGAAUGUUGAAAUAAGGAGACUGACUGUCAACAGUGAAAUUGUCUCAAGAUUUGAUCUUUUAGUUAGGAAGAUCCGAGAAAUGUUCCCUGUUUUGGCGACAGGCUAUGUUCAAGUGACUUGGAAAGAUUCAGAAAAUGAUGUCAUCCAUAUGUCUAGUGAUGAAGAAUUAGCCCAAGCUUUGGCUAGCGCUGAUGAUGAUAUAUUGAGAAUUUAUGCUUACUCUAUUGGUAAUAAACAGGCUGAAGAGAGAGCAAAUCAUAAUUUAAAGAGCGAUCAUAAUGAGAUGCACCCAAAUAUAAUUUGUGAUGGAUGUGAUAAGACAGUUUAUGGCUAUCGUUAUAAAUGCCUUCAGUGUCAAAAUUUUGAUCUUUGCUCUUCAUGCAAUGCAGAAAACAAGCAUGAACAUCAUGAUAUGAUUAAACUUUCAAAACCUAUUCACAUUCCACGGGAGUGGGUUUUCUAUGGCGCUCGUAAAUUUUGGAGAUCCAUGUUUGGUCGUUGCCCUGCUGCAUAUUUUACAGCUUCUGCUUCCACCAAUCAAAAUGAGAAAAGUGCAAAACAAUCUGAUUCUGGAAAAGACCAUUGGCAUGGAAUACUUGAUGAACUUCUAAAAGGCGGCUGUGUUUCUGCAGAAAAACUUAUGAAAGAGAAUCUAGGAGGUUUUCUAAAUUUCAUGGAAUCAGUUUCAGGAAAUAUGGAUGUAAAACUUGAAAGGGAUCCACCUAAACCUAGCAACUCUAGUGAAAAACAAGAUAAUAAAAAUGAUGAGAAGAAUAAUAAUGACUCUUCUAAGGUAGAACCUACACCCACUGCUUCUACAGCUCUUCCAGCUGAAGAAUAUUUUCAAAAGAUAACUAAAGCAGUAGAAGAUUUAGGCUUUUCUAAUCUCUUUCCUACUGAAGACAUUGUAAGAAAAUCUGAUAAGCUUGCAGAGGAAAGAAAUUUAGAUGAAAAAAAGCAGUCAUUGGAGAAAAAUGACUCAUCUGCUGUUGGAGAUUCAGUAGAAAAAAGACAGGGAGAAAACUCUUCUAAACCUUGUGGUCUUUUUGGUGAUAAUGAAGCUUCUGAUGGCUGGACAAUCUUGAAUAAACAAGAAGAGGAGAAAAAGGACACAGCAUCUGCAAAUGACAAUGGAGCCAAACCAAAAUACUCCGGUAUCUACCCUUCAAUAUUCGAAAAAGUACCAUCCUCAGAAGGCUCUGAAUCUGCUGGUGAAGUCUGUGCUGAGACAAAAGUCAAAGAAAUUCCCCCUGUACAGACAGGCUCAAGUCUGACCGAUGCUCAAAUCUUACCAAAGCCUGCUGUUGCUGCAGUAAAUGAAAGUGACAAGUUUGCCAAACUGAAUCAAAAUGAAAAUGUGGCUAUAAAUUACGAUCCUGAAAUAAUGAAUGCUUUGGUCAAAAUGCAAGCCAUGGGAUUUACAAAUGAAGGAGGGUGGCUUGAGCGACUUUUGAUUACAAAAGAUGGAAACAUCAAUGCAACUCUUGAUGCUUUAUAUCCCAAUACCCGUCGCCGUUAGAUAUUUCUUUGAUAGACUCGCUAUUAUUUUAAUCUUUACUUCUUGUAUUCCAUGUACUGUUUUAUUUUGUAGUGAGAACUGUUUAUUUUUCAGUAAAUAUAUAUGCACAUAUGUUAUGAUCUUUAUAUUUUGUGUCUUUCAUACUACAUAUUCAAUAU